AUGGCGCCUUCCUCUUCCCUCCCUCCACUCUUCUCCCUCCUCUUCCUCUUCCUCUUCCUCUCGCCUCUCCCAUCCCUCUCCCUUCCACAACCCCACCCCGGCUCCGCGUCUCACCUCCUCAUCGACGCCGCCUUCUCCGCCGCCCCUCCACCGCCGCCGCCCCCUUUCCCCUCCCCGGCCGCCGCCGCCUCCCCCCUCGCCCCGGCCCUCUUCGUCCUCGGCGAUUCCACCGUCGACUGCGGCACCAACAACUUCCUCGGCACCCUCGCCCGCGCCGACCGGGCCCCCUAUGGCCGCGACUUCGACACUCACCGCCCCACCGGCCGCUUCUCCAACGGCCGCAUCAUCGUCGACUACCUCGCUCUGCGAUUGGGGCUCCCGUUCGUGCCCCCCUACCUCGGCCAGAGUGGGAAGGUCGAGGACAUGAUCUACGGCGUGAACUAUGCGUCAGCCGCCGCCGGGAUCCUCUUUGCUAGUGGAUCCGAUCUGGGUAUGCAUGUUUCGCUGACGCAGCAGAUCCAGCAGGUCACCGACACGUCUGAGCAGCUCGCACUGAGCCUCGGGGAGGAGGCCGCUGCCGACCUUUUUAGGAGGUCGGUGUUCUACGUCUCGAUCGGGAGCAACGAUUUCAUUCAUUACUACCUCAGAAACACUUCCAGUGUACAGUCUUUGUACUUGCCGUGGGAGUUCAACCAGCUCCUGGUUAACACUGUGAAGCAGGAACUCAAGAACUUGUACAACACUAAUGUCCGGAAGUUCAUAGUCAUGGGCCUAGCACCGAUCGGCUGCACCCCUCACUACCUGUGGCAGUACGGAAGCAUAAAUGGCGAAUGCAUCAAUGAGAUAAACAAUUUGGUGGUCGAGUUCAACUAUGCCAUGAGAUACAUGGUACAACAACUCAGCAGCGAGCUCCCGGAUGCCAUGGUCACCUUCUGCGAUGCCUUCGAAGGGUCCAUGGAUAUACUAAAGAACCGUGAUCGCUAUGGUUUUCAAACGACAACAGAUGCUUGCUGUGGGCUGGGCAAAUACGGAGGAUUGAUCAUGUGCCUGGUACCUGAAAUGGCCUGCAGUAAUGCAUCAAAUCAUGUGUGGUGGGACGAAUUCCACCCCACAGAUGCAGUGAACCGGAUCAUAGCAGAUAAUGUGUGGUCAGGGGAACACGCCACCAUGUGCUAUCCCAUGAAUUUGCAGGAGAUGACCAAACCCAAGCUCUAGUGUUUCUCUUGUGGUUAAGUUUUUGAUGGACAUUCAUUCACCUGUACUGUUUUCAACUCUGAUGCAGCCAUGUAGGUUGCUAUGGCAAAGGUGAAGUUCAAGAAUACUUAUUCUGAGAAAAGUUAAACAAAGUACAUAUAUUGCAAAGAAUAGUAUACAAGCAAAUUCCAGUUUACAAUGUGCAAUACAAGUAAAUACCUUCUUUUCUUGUUCUUAGUAAACAGGAUAAAAGGGGCAUGCCAAACUUGCCUAGUUUUGUAAUUAGAGACAAUGCAUAUGUAAUACAUGAAAGGGAGACUUUAUCACAUCUUAUGCAACAUGUUGUUGUUGUUUUUUCUUUCUUCCUACCCUUUUCCUAUUUGAAAGAUGAAUUUCUUG